AAAAAAGGUCAAAGCAAAUUCUCCUCCUCCUGCAGCCACCAUGAAAAUAGCGUCAUUUAACAUCCAGAAGUUUGGAAAAAACAAAGUGUCCGACCCAGAUGUCCUCAGUAUCCUGGUUAAGGUCGUGUCGCGAUAUGACAUCAUUGUGAUCCUGGAGGUGGUGGACAUCAGUGGAGAGUCUGUACAAACCUUCCUGGAUGCACUCAACAAAGCCAACAGGAAGCAUCACUACACCCUGAAGAUCAGCAGUCGCCUCGGCCGAACCCGCUACAAGGAGCAGUUCAUGUUCCUGUACAGGGAUGAUUUGGUUGACCUGGUGGGGUCCUAUCAGUUUGAUGACCAGGGGACCGAAGCAGGAGACGUUUUCGCUAGAGAUCCUUACAUCCUGCGAUUCAGAUGCCUCAAUACAGUGCUGAAGGACCUGGUGAUGAUCCCAGUUCACACCAAACCAGACGACUCGGAGAAGGAGCUGGACGAGCUCUACGACGUCUUCCAGAACGUCAAGAAGAAGUGGAGGACUGAUAACGUGAUGAUCCUGGGCGACUUCAACGCCGACGGCGUGUACGUCUCCAAGAAAGAGAUGAAGGGCAUCCGCAUCCGUAGCGACAAGAACUUCCACUGGCUGAUUGGAGACGAUGUCGACACCACGGCGAGCACCCGAAACGACCACACAUACGACAGGAUCGUAGUUUACGGAGACGACAUGCUCGAUGCUGUCGUUCCAAACUCUGCCAAACCGUUCAACUUCCAGAAGGCGUAUCGACUCAGCGAAGAGCAGGCUCUGAAGGUGAGCGACCAUUACCCCGUGGAAGUGGAGCUGAAGUCCAAGACAAGCAGAGCGGACGAAGACGAUGGUCUUGAACCGCCGCGGCUCGUGGUCGUUGAUGAGGAUCUGAUGGAGCUGAAGAGAGGAAACCUGCUGCUGGAGAGAGAGAAGCUCGGCCUGGAGAUCCAGAUGCUCCGGCUGAAGAUGGCCAACAUGAUCCGCAGAGAUGACCUUUGAAAACACCCAACACAACAAUAAACUCUUACUCUAACCUCGUGACCUACAGAACCACUAGCACCAGAUGUGCCUCACAAAUAUGAACCAUUUCUAGUUAGUGUUUUGACUUUUGACUGAAUCAAACAAUAAAGUUUUAUGUUCAUUUUAUGUUCAUUUGUUACAUACAUUUGGAUUUAUUCUUCUACAAAUUUGAUUCUCAGCACAAACUAAGUGUUACCUGACAGAAUCAAGUCGGUGCCAAACAGAACCAAGUUGUCCGCGGUCAUUUGACUAGUGCAAAAGAAAAUGACGAUUUUUGUCAGUUGUCAUGGUGACCACCAUGUCAGCGGGGAGUGAGGCAUCCAGUGUAUUGGAAAUCCAAAAAUAAGAAGAAGUAUUCUACUCCUGUUUGUGACAGACGAGGUGUGCGUUCCAGUACCAAUACUACCAUGUUAAGUAAUAAAAAAUAAUUGGCAUUUCCCAAUAGUAUGUCUAAUGCAGUAUGUCAUAAACACCAGGAUGUUCUACUGCAUCUGGUAACAUCUUGUGUUAAGCCAG